AUGGAAACUGUCGAGAACCUAGUGAAUAAGUGGGGGUACAAGAAAGGGAGCUAUAGGGUAUGGGCGAAGAUAUUGGAAAUAGAUGAGGGUUAUAUCCCGAUUAGAAAGGAUGAUGAUGCAUAUGACUUUGCUUCUUAUUUUUGUGCAAAUGGUACUGAGGGAGACUUAUAUCUGGAACAUGAUGCUGAAAACAUAGAACAAUAUGUGAGGGAACCUGCUUGUGUUAAUGGAGACACUGAACUAGAUGACUUAGGAGAUGAAGUGGUUGAGGGUUUGGAUGAUAGUGAGGACGACAGAGCCACUGCCUUGUUAGAUGGAUUUGAGGAUCCAGAUGAGUCUUGUGAUGAGGAUAAGCCCAAGUAUGAGAAAUUUAGGAAAGAGCACCUAAAUAAGGACUUCAAGUUUAAGUGGGGUAUGGAAUUUAAUACACUUGUUGACUUCAAAGAGGCAAUACGUGAGUGGUCAGUUCUCAAUGGUAGGGAAAUUAAUUUUGUGAAAAAUGAAAGCUAUAGAGUAAGGGUAGAGUGUAAGGCUAAAUGUGGUUUUUUGGUCUUAUGUUCCAAAGUGGGCCACAAGCAUACUUAUGCUAUAAAAACACUUGUAGACACCCACACUUGUGCUAGGGUUUUAAAUAAUAGAUCUGCAAACUCAAGAUGGGUGGCUAAGCAUGUGGUCAAGAAAAUGCAAUCAAGUGAGAAUGUAAGAAUCAGGGACAUAAUGCAAGAUGUAAGGCAAAAUUUUUCAGUGGGUAUUACUGUUGCUCGGGCAUGGAAGGCUAAGUUGAUGGCAAAAAAAAUAGUGGAGGGAGAUGCUGAUAUGCAAUAUGCUGCUCUAUGGAGGUAUGCAUCUGAAUUAAAAAGAGUUAAUAGUGGCAAUACUGUGAAAAUUAAUGUUGAGAGACGAAGCCCAACUAUCCAACCUAGAUUUGGAAGUUUCUACUUCUCUUUUGAUGGCUGCAAGAAAGGGUUUAUCCAUGGAUGUAGGCCCUUUAUAGGGGUUGAUGGAUGUCACCUAAAAACCAAGUAUGGUGGUCAACUUCUGAUUGCAGUUGGAAGGGAUCCAAAUGAUCAAUACUUCCCAUUGGCUUUUGGAGUGGUAGAAACUGAGACCAAGGAGAGUUGGAGAUGGUUUAUCCAACUUUUGAUGGAGGAUAUUGGACAUGACAAAAGAAUUGUUUUUAUCUCUGAUCAACAAAAGGGACUGGUAGCUGUUUUUGAUGAGAUGUUUGAGAGGAUUGAACAUAGGGUUUGCCUCAGACAUCUAUAUGCCAAUUUCAAGAAAAAGUUUGGUGGAGGAACCCUAAUAAGGGAUUUGAUGAUGGGAGCUGCUAAGUCUACAUAUCAUCAAGCUUGGAUGCAGAAGAUGAAUGAGCUAAAGAAUGUUGAUUUCAAUGCUUGGACUUGGUUGAUGGCUGUACCUACCAAGAGCUGGUGUAAGCAUGCUUUUAGUUUCUACCCAAAGUGUGAUGUGUUGAUGAAUAAUAUAUCUGAGUCUUUCAAUGCUACAAUUUUAGUUGCUAGGGACAAACCAAUCCUUACUAUGUGUGAGUGGAUUAGGAAGUACUUAAUGAAUAGGGUAGCAACCUCUGUACAAAAACUUGAAAAAUGGCAACAUAGAGUUAUGCCUAUACCUAGGAGAAGGUUGGACAAUGAAGUUUUUCAUAGUGGUCAUUGGCUACCAACUUGGUCUGUGGAUGAGAAGUUCCAAGUGACUCACAGUUUCAACAACCAAGAAUUCAUAGUGGACAUAGCAAACAAAUCAUGUAGCUGUAAUUUUUGGGAAUUGGUUGGGAUUCCUUGUAGGCAUGCUGUAUCUGCUUUGAGCUAUAGAAAACAAACACCUGAGGAUUUUGUUGAUGAAUGCUACACAAGGGAGAAAUAUGCUAAGUGUUAUGGAUUCUCUGUGUCACCUAUAAAUGGCCAAGACAUGUGGCCAGAAACUGAGAUUGAAGACAUGCUACCACCAGCUUACAAACAAGGGCCUGGUAGACCUAGAAAGGUGAGGAUUCGAGAAAGUGGUGAAGAGGGUGCUAGGAAAAGAAGGACUGGGGUUGCAUACAAAUGUACAAAAUGUGACCAGUUUGGUCAUAAUGCUUUGACCUGUAAGAGCCCCACACAGGACCCUGUUGCACUCAAAAGAAAGAGAAAGGUCAAAGCUAAAGUUACUGAGGUUGUUCAGAAUGAUGUUCAGAAUGAUGUUCAGGCUGAUAAUGAGGAGCAAAAUAAUGUGGAGAAUGAUCUGGUUCAGAAUGAUGAUCAAGCUGUUGUCCAAAAUGAUGUAGAGGCUUACCAAGUUCAUGAUGAUGUGCCAAAUGAUGUGCAGCAGAGUCAGACCCAGUCUAGUGUUGUAGACAAUAGUCAACCACAGCCCAAGAAAAAGAAAACAAUCAAACCUCACCAUGGUUUAAAGAUAAGGAGGAGUGAAAGAGUCAAAUUAAGUUGGUUCAAGAAACCAAUUAUUGGUCCAGGUUCAUCUGAGCAACCAAUCACAGUUGAAGACCAUGUAGAGACAUCAUCAAGCCUUGGAGUGUCAAGUAGGUCUUUGAAGAAAUGGAAGAAACAAAAGAGCAGUUGA